AUGUUGAAGCAAAUUCUUAGUAGACUUCCUCGGAAAUCCUUAAAAUCCGACUCGGUGGACUCGCCUUCCAGCAAUUCAAGCUCAUUAAGCCCUAGCAAUGGUGGGAAUUCAGCUUCAAACCGCCCCAAUGUGGCUAAACGGACCUCAUCAGCCGUUUUUCCGGCAAGUCUUAUCGCGGGAAUCGAGCCAUUACUCCCAUUCAAGGACGUUCCAGGCUCUGAGAAAAUGAAUCUCUUCAUCAGUAAGUUAAGCCUCUGCUGUGUAGUUUUCGACUUCACUGACCCAUCUAAAAACGCCACAGAGAAAGAUUUGAAACGUUCAACUUUGAUUGAGCUUGUUGAGUUUGUUGCUUUGAAUCCUCUCAAAUUCACCGAACCCGCGAUACUAGCAAUGUGUAAAAUGUGUGCUGUCAAUUUGUUUCGGGUUUUUCCGCCCAAUUAUCGGUCUAAAUCGAAUAAUGAUGAAAAUGAUGAAGGUGAGCCUAUGUUCGAUCCGGCUUGGUCGCAUUUGCAAAUUGUGCAUGAUUUACUGCUCAAGUUUGUGACUUCCUCUUCGCUUGAAGCAAAAGUGGCGAAGAAGUAUGUAAGUCAUUCAUUUAUUUUGAGAUUGAUUGACCUAUUUGAUUCUGAGGAUCCUAGAGAAAGAGAGUGUUUGAAAGCUAUUUUGCAUAGGAUUUAUGGGAAGUUCAUGGUUCAUAGACCCUUUAUUCGGAAGAAUAUGAGCAAUGUGUUCUGCCGCUUUGUGUUUGAGAUUGAGAGGCAUAAUGGGAUUGCUGAGUUAUUGGAGAUCUUUGGGAGUGUGAUUACUGGGUUUGCCUUGCCUUUGAAAGAGGAGCACAAGAUAUUCCUGUGGAGAGUUUUGAUUCCUUUGCAUAAACCGAAGUCUUUGGGGGUUUACUUCCAACAGUUGUCGUAUUGUAUUACGCAGUUUAUAGAGAAGGAUCCAAAGUUAGCCAGCACUGUGAUUAGGGGGUUGUUGAAGUACUGGCCAAUAACAAAUACACAGAAGGAGGUGAUGUUUUUGGGUGAGUUGGAAGAGAUUCUGGAAGGGAUCAACAUGGCUGAGUUCCACAUGGUCAUGGUUCCAUUGUUCUGGCGGAUUGGAUGCUGUAUCAACAGUUUUCACUUCCAGGUAGCUGAGAGGGCAUUGUUCUUCUGGAAUAAUGACCAAAUUCUUAAUCUGAUUGCACGUAACCGGCAUGUGAUACUACCAAUCAUAUUUCCAGCCCUAGAAAACAAUGUGCAGAGCCACUGGCACCAGGCGGUGGUCAACUUAUCUCUAAAUAUCAGAAAGAUGUUCAUGGAGAUGGAUGAUGUUCUGUUCCUGGCCUGCCAUUCCCGUUUCAAGGAGGAACAAGAAAAUCUAAACAUGGCCGCUGAAAAACGGAGGGAAGCAUGGGAGCGCCUGGAGAAAGUAGACAGUCUCCAGCCAAUAACCGGAAACACUGCAGUUCUGGUAACUCCUUUAGCAACCGCAAUUACCUGUUAGGUGGCGUGUAAAAUCUAUGCUUCUGGAAGUGUAUGUUUUCUUUUACCCUGUUCUUUGGGUUGGUGGGAAACCUGGUUGCAUUUGGCUGUUGUCUGGGGGUGGCAUUUUUUUUUUGGAAGGGUCCAGUGGCAGCCUUUUGUUGUAACUUACUUGAUUUCCUUGGUUCCAUUGUUACCAAGUUUGCUUUCCCAGAAGGAGCAUGGGAAUGGCCAUGUAAUCGUUCAACCUAACAUCUUUUGUCAAUUUACUGAAUGGUUUUGCGA